GCCAGGACGGCGGCAUCGGCCCCUGGGCCCCAGCGAGGGCCGAGCUGGGCAGUGGGAGGAGGUCAAGAUGGUGGGAGAACGGCGCACUGGGGACCUCAUGGUGCCCCUGGGGCCCUGGCUGCAGGCAUAUCCUGAAGAACUUAUUCGACAGCGUCCUGGGCAUGAUGGACGUCCUGAGUACCUGAUCCGAUGGAGUGUCCUGAAGUGUGGGGAAGUGGGCAGAAUGGGUGUGGAAGAGGGUAAGGCAGAGCACAUCCUCAUGUGGCUGUCAGCUCCUGAGGUCUACGCCAACUGCCCCAUGCUGUUAGGUGAGCGGGCACUAUCUAAGGGACCUCAGCAUGAACCAGCUGGGGGUUCAGGAAGCUUUCCUCAAGAUCCAGGAGGCUUGGAUGACGUGGCAAUGGGAGAGAUGGAGGCUGAUGUGCGGGCGCUGGUGCGCAGGGCUGCCAGGCAGCUGGCAGAAGGCGGGACCUCGAGCGUCACAGCCACUGUGCUCCACACCAUCCACGUACUCAGUGCCUACGCCAGCAUCGGGCCCCUCACUGGGGUCUUCAGGGAGACAGGAGCCCUGGACCUGCUCAUGCACAUGUUGUGCAACCCUGAGCCUCAGAUCCGUCGGAGUGCGGGCAAGAUGCUGCAGGCUCUGGCAGCCCACGAUGCUGGGAGUCGGGCUCACGUCCUUCUGUCGCUGAGCCAGCAAGAUGGCAUCGAGCAGCACAUGGAUUUUGACAGCCGCUAUACUUUGCUGGAGCUGUUUGCAGAGACCACGUCCUCUGAAGAACACUGCAUGGCCUUUGAGGGCAUUCAUCUGCCUCAGAUCCCGGGAAAGCUGCUCUUCUCCCUGGUGAAACGCUACCUAUGUGUCACUUCCCUGCUGGAUCAGCUGAAUAACAGUCCAGAGCCAGGGGCUGGAGACCGAGGCUCCCCGUCCCCAGGAGAGUUCAGCCGGGAGAAAAGCCGUGGGCAGCGGGAGCUGGAGUUCAGUAUGGCUGUGGGCAGCCUCAUCUCAGAGCUGGUGCGGAGCAUGGGCUGGACCCGGAACCUCAGCGAACAGGGCACAUCGCCACCCCGGCCAACUCGGUCCAUCUUUCAACCCUGCAUUUCAGGCCCCAGCUUUUUGCUCCCCACUGUCAUUACCACCCCUAGAAGGCAAGGGCGGGCCUUCCGCCAGCGCUCUGAAUUCUCCAGCCGUAGUGGCUAUGGCGAGUAUGUGCAGCAGACCCUGCGGCCGGGGAUGCGAGUGCGGAUGCUGGAUGAUUACGAGGAGAUCAGUGCUGGGGACGAGGGCGAGUUCCGUCAGAGCAACAAUGGCGUGCCCCCUGUGCAGGUCUUCUGGCAGUCGACAGGCCGUACUUACUGGGUGCACUGGCACAUGCUGGAGAUCCUGGGCCCUGAAGAAGCUGCUGAGGACAGGGCUUCAGCAGCUGUGGAGAAGGGGGCAGGGGCUACUAUGUUGGGCACAGCUCUUCCUUCCUGGGACUGGAAGCCUGUGGAUGGGCUGUACUCUUUGCCUUACCUCCAGCCCGAGCCUCAGAAGGAUGAAGAAUUGGGAUACCUGACCCAGGCUGAGUGGUGGGAGCUGCUUUUCUUCAUCAAGAAGUUGGAUGUAUGUGAGCAGCAGUCGAUUUUCCAGAAUCUUCGAGAGAAGCUAGAUGAGACUCUGAGUGAAAAGGCCCUUGGUGAAACCUCUGUACCCAUAGAGAUGGCUGAGGAUCUGCUGCAGGUUCUCAGUAAUCGGUUUGAGGGCAGCACCCUCAGUGACCUGCUCAGCUCCCAAAUCUACACCAAGUAUGGGCUGCUACCUGAUGAACCAAGCAGCUUGUCUUCACGAAGUCACUCCUGUAGCCCAGAUCAAGAAGAGGAGUCCAAGUCAGAGGUCAUCUUCUCAGAGGAAGAGACUGAGUCCCUCAAAGCAAGGGCUGAGCCCCCUAAGGCAGAGGCAGAGUCUGCCAAGGGAAAAACUGAGCCUCCCAUGGCACAGAGUGAUUCACAGCUGUUUAACCAGCUUCUAGUGACCGAGGGAAUGGCUCUGUCCCCCGAGAUGAAGGAGGCAGCCAGUGAAAUGGCUAGAGCCCUGAGAGGUCCUGGUCCACGCAGCUUCCUGCAUCAGCAUGUGGCGGCGGUUGUGGCCACUGUGCAGAUAUCUACCUUGGACACAAACCUGCAGCUUUCAGGCCUCUAUGCCCUCUCUCAGGCUGUGGAGGAGGUCACUGAGCGGGACCACCCUCUGGUCCAUCCUGACAGAUCCCUAAGAGAGAAGAUAGUGAAGACGCUGGUGGAGCUGCUGACCAGCCAGGUGGGAGAGAAGAUGGUGGUGGUGCUGGCCCUGCGCCUCCUCUACCUGCUUGUGACCAAGCAUGAGUGGCGCCCACUCUUUGCCAGGGAGGGCGGCAUCUAUGCUGUGCUGGUUUGCAUGCAAGAAUAUAAGACUUCCGUCUUGGUGCAGCAGGCAGGGCUGGCGGCGCUGAAGAUGAUGGCCAUUGCCAGCUCCUCGGAGAUCCCCACUUUUGUUACUGGCCGAGAUUCUAUCCACCCUUUGUUUGAUGCCCAGAUGACCAGAGAGAUCUUCGCCAGCAUUGACUCAGCCACCCGCCCAGGCUCUGAGAGCCUGCUCCUUACUCUCCCUACAGCCGUGAUCCUGAUGCUGAACACUGAGGGGUCAGGGCAUCACCCUCCAGACGCCAAGCCCCGCUGCUCCUCUGCCCAAGUGUCAUGUGCUUCACAGAAAUGCCCUUCAUGUUGUUCCCUCUGGAUGAGAUGUUGGUGGCCCUCUCUGACUGUCUUUGGAAGAGAGGCCAAGUGCUCCUCCGCAGUGAGAAAUGGCCUGCUCCUGCUCAACCUGCUCUUGUGCAACCACCACACUCUGGGAGACCAUAUUAUAACCCGAGAGCUGAGAGACACCUUGUUUAGGCACUCAGGGAUAGCACCGGGGACAGAACCUGUGCCCACCACCCACACCAUCCUCAUGAUGCUUCUCAAUCGCUACUCAGAGCCACCGGGCAGUCCUGAGCACGCAGCAGCACUGGAGACCCCCAGUGUCCAGGGCCUGGAUGGGUCCCCUGAGCUACUGAUCCGAUCCCUGGUGGGGGGUGCGUCUGCGGAACUCCUCCUGGACUUAGAGCGCGUGCUGUGCCGUGAGGGCGGGCCUGGGGGCGCUGUGAGGCCCCUCCUCAAGCGCCUCCAGCGGGAGACCCAGCCCUUCCUCCUGUUGCUGCGGACUCUGGAUGCCCCCGGGCCCAACAAAACUCUGCUGCUCACUGCGCUGAGAGUCAUGACCCGCCUGCUGGAUCACUCUGAGGCCAUGGUCCUCCCCUGGCACGAGGUCUUGGAGCCCUGCCUCAACUGCCUGAGUGGCCCCAGCACUGACUCUGAGAUUGUUCAGGAGCUGCUCUGCUUCCUGCAUCGCCUGGCCUCAAUGCAUAAGGACUAUGCAGUGGUUCUCUGCUGCCUGGGAGCCAAAGAGGCCCUCUCCAAAGUCCUGGACAAGCAAUCGGCUCAGCUGCUCCUGGCCUGUGAGCUUCGGGAUCUGGUGACAGAGUGUGAAGAACAUGCCCAGCUCUAUAGUAACCUCACCUCCAGCAUCCUGGCUGGCUGCAUUCAGAUGGUGCUGGGCCAGAUUGAAGACCACAGACGGACCCACCGGCCCAUCAACAUCCCCUUCUUUGACGUGUUCCUCAGGCAUCUCUGCCAGGGCUCCAGUGUGGAAGUGAAGGAGGAGAAGUGCUGGGAGAAGGUGGAGGUGUCCUCCAACCCGCACCGGGCCAGCAAGUUGACGGACCGCAACCCCAAGACCUACUGGGAGUCCAACGGCAGCACUGGCUCCCACUACAUCACCUUGCACAUGCACCGUGGUGUUCUUGUUAGACAGCUGACUCUGCUGGUGGCCAGUGAGGACUCAAGUUACAUGCCAGCCAGGGUGGUGGUGUUUGGAGGUGACAGAGCCAGCUGCAUCAGCACAGAGCUUAACACGGUGAAUGUGAUGCCCUCUGCCAGCCGGGUGAUCCUCUUGGAGAACUUGAACCGCUUCUGGCCUAUCAUCCAGAUCCGCAUAAAGCGCUGCCAGCAGGGCGGCAUCGACACUCGAGUUCGAGGUGUGGAGGUCCUGGGCCCCAAGGCCACUUUCUGGCCACUAUUCUGGGAGCAGCUGUGUCGCCGUACAUGUCUCUUCUACACAAUUCGGGCGCAAGCCUGGAGCCGGGACAUAGCAGAGGACCGCAAGCGCCUCCUCCAGCUUUGUCCCAGACUGAACAGGGUUUUGCGCCAUGAGCAGAAUUUUGCUGAUCGCUUCCUCCCUGAUGAUGAGGCUGCCCAAGCCCUGGGCAAGACCUGCUGGGAGGCCCUGGUCAGCCCCCUGGUGCAGAACAUCACCUCCCCUGAUGCGGAAGGUGUAAGCGCCCUCGGAUGGCUGCUGGAUCAGUACUUAGAGCACAGGGAGAGCUCUCGGAACCCCCUGAGUCAAGCAGCAUCCUUUGCCUCUCGAGUUCGUCGCCUUUGCCACUUGCUGGUGCAUGUGGAGCCUCCCCCGGGGCCUUCUCCUGAGCCAUCCUCUCGGCCCUUCAGCAAGAACAGUAAGGGUCGGGAUCGGAGCCCCGGGCCUUCACCAGUUCUUCCAAGCAGCAGCUUGAGGAACAUAACCCAGUGCUGGCUGAGUGUGGUGCAGGAGCAGGUCAGCAGGUUCCUGGCUGCAGCCUGGAGGGCCCCGGACUUUGUGCCUCGUUACUGUGAACUCUAUGAGCACUUGCAGAGAGCAGGCUCCGAGCUCUUUGGGCCUCGGGCAGCCUUCACCCUGGCUCUGCGCAGUGGCUUCUCGGGCGCGUUGCUGCAGCAGUCCUUCCUCACCGCUGCUCACAUGAGUGAGCAGUUUGCCAGGCACAUUGACCAACAGAUCCAGGGCAGCCUGACUAGGGGAGCCCCUGGAGUGGAAAUGCUGGGGCGGCUUCAGCGGCACCUGGAGCCCAUCAUGGUCCUUUCUGACCUCGAGCUGGCCACUACCUUUGAGCACUUCUACCAGCACUACAUGGCGGACCGUCUCCUGAGCUUGGGCUCAAGCUGGCUGGAGGGGGCCGUGCUGGAGCAGAUUGGCCUCUGCUUCCCCAACCGCCUCCCCCAGCAGAUGUUGCGGAGCCUGAGCACCUCCGAGGAGCUGCAGCGCCAGUUCCACCUCUUCCAGCUCCAGUGGUUCGACAAGCUGCUCUUGGAGCAGGAGGAUGAGGAGGAACAGGGCCUGGAGGAAGAGGAGGAGGAACAGAAGGAAGAGGAGGCUGAGAAAGAACUAUUUAUUGAAGAUCCAAGUCCAACAGUUUCUGUACUGGUCCUGUCACCACGUUGCUGGCCGGUCUCUCCACUCUGCUACAUGUACCAUCCCAGAAAGUGCCUUCCCACAGAAUUCUGUGAUGCCCUUGACCACUUCUCCAAUUUCUACAGCCAGAGUCAGAACCAUCCAGUCCUGGACAUGGGACCACAUCGGCGACUGCAGUGGACGUGGCUGGGCCGGGCUGAGCUGCAGUUUGGGGACCAGACCCUGCAUGUGUCCACCGUGCAGAUGUGGCUGCUGUUGAAUUUCAAUCAGAUAGAGGAGGUGUCAGUAGAGACCUUGCUGAAGAAUUCUGACCUCACCCCAGAGCUGCUGCUCCAGGCACUUCAGCCCCUCACCUCUGAGAAUGGCCCUUUGACCCUGCAUAAGGGUCAGGACUUUCCACACAGGGGUGUGCUGCGGCUCCGGAAGCCUGGGCUCCAGCCCUGUGGGGAGGCCCUGUGGCUGAUACCUCCCCAGACGUACCUGAAUGUAGAGAAGGAUGAGGGCCGAACCCUGGAACAGAAGAGGAACCUCUUGAGCUGUCUUCUUGUCCGUAUUCUCAAAGCCCAUGGGGAAAAGGGCCUCCACAUUGAUCAGCUGGUUUGUCUGGUGCUGGAGGCCUGGCAGAAGGGUCCAAAUCCCCCCGGAAGCCUGGGCCGUGCUGUGGCCGGGGGCGUGGCCUGUACCAGUACAGAUGUCCUGUCUUGCAUUCUGCAUUUGCUGGGCCAGGGCUACGUGGAACGGCGUGAUGACCGGCCCCAGAUCCUGAUGUAUGCCACCCCAGAGCCCAUGGGGCCCUGCCGGGGUCAGGCAGAGGUCCCCUUCUGUGGCAGCCAGACCACCGAGACCUCCAAGCCUAGCCCAGAAGCUGUGGCCGCCCUGGCAUCUCUACAGCUGCCUGCAGGCCGCACCAUGAGCCCCCAGGAGGUAGAAGGGUUGAUGGAGCAGACAGUGCGGCAAGUACAGGAGACACUGAACCUAGAGCCAGAUGUGGCUCAGCACCUUUUGGCUCAUUCCCACUGGGGUGCUGAACAGCUGCUGCAGAGCUACAGUGAAAACCCAGAGCCACUGCUGCUGGCGGCUGGGCUGUGCGUACCCCAGGCCCAGGCUGCCCCUGCACGCCCCGACCACUGCCCUGUCUGUGUCAGCCCCCUGGAGCCCGAGGACAACUUGCCGUCUCUCUGCUGCAUGCACUACUGCUGUAAGUCUUGUUGGAAUGAGUAUCUGACGACGCGAAUUGAGCAGAACCUCGUGCUGAACUGCACCUGCCCCAUUGCCGAUUGCCCUGCCCAGCCCACCGGAGCCUUUAUUCGUGCCAUCGUCUCCUCACCAGAGGUCAUCUCCAAGUAUGAGAAGGCCCUCCUGCGUGGCUACGUGGAAAGCUGCUCCAACCUGACCUGGUGCACCAACCCCCAGGGCUGCGACCGCAUCCUGUGCCGCCAGGGCCUGGGCUGUGGGACCACCUGCUCCAAGUGUGGCUGGGCCUCCUGCUUCAACUGUAGCUUCCCUGAGGCACACUACCCUGCCAGCUGUGGCCACAUGUCUCAGUGGGUCGACGAUGGCGGCUACUACGAUGGCAUGAGCGUGGAGGCCCAGAGCAAACACCUGGCCAAGCUCAUCUCCAAGCGCUGUCCCAGCUGUCAGGCUCCCAUUGAGAAGAAUGAGGGCUGUCUGCACAUGACCUGUGCCAAAUGUAACCAUGGAUUCUGCUGGCGCUGCCUCAAGUCCUGGAAGCCGAAUCACAAGGACUAUUACAACUGCUCUGCCAUGGUAAGCAAAGCAGCCCGCCAGGAGAAGCGGUUUCAGGACUAUAACGAGAGGUGUACUUUCCAUCACCAGGCCCGGGUGUUUGCUGUGAACUUGCGGAACCGUGUAUCUGCCAUCCACGAGGUGCCCCCACCCAAAUCCUUCACCUUCCUCAGCGACGCCUGCCGGGGACUGGAGCAGGCUCGAAAGGUGCUGGCCUAUGCCUGCGUGUACAGCUUCUACAACCAGGACACGGAGCACAUGGACGUGGUGGAGCAGCAGACCGAGAACCUGGAGCUGCACACCAAUGCCCUGCAGAUCCUCCUUGAGGAGACCCUGCUGCGGUGCCAAGACCUGGCCUCCUCCCUGCGCCUCCUGCGGGCGGACUGCCUCAACACGGGCCUGGAGCUGCUCCGGCGGAUCCAGGAAAGGCUGCUCGCUAUCCUGCAGCAUUCCACCCAGGAUUUCCGGAUUGGUCUCCAGAGUCCAAUGUUAGAGGCCUGGGAGGCGAAAGGAUCCAAUUUGCCCGGCCAUCAGCCCCAGGGCUCCUCGGGGCUGGAGGUGGAGGAGGAAGAAGAGGAGGAGGACGAUGAGGAUGAUGUACCUGAGUGGCAGCAGGACGAGUUUGAUGAGGAGCUGGACAAUGACAGCUUCUCCUACGAUGAGGAGUCUGAGAACCUGGACCGGGAGACUUUCUUCUUUGGUGAUGAAGAGGACGAUGAUGAGGCCUACGACUGAGGGGGCAGGAUGCAGGGAACACCUGGGGCCACCCCAGAGUCACAGGGCCUUGGGGGCAGGGAGUUCACCGCUUCCCACUGUUGUGGGGGGAGGCAAUUCCCAGCAUCUGCAGCACCUUCUUCUGUUUACUGAAUAAAUGUCUUUUUUCACAUA